AUGCCGGCCAGCAUUCACCAGAGUUCCCGCGGGGGAACCCCGUUGGGGAGGCCUCGCCGCAUAGUGCACGCUAAGCGAUCCGGUCGGGUUGCCGACGUGGGAACGGCGAGCAGCGAUGCGCAAGCACACGCAGUAUCCGGCAAAAGGCUCUCCUUCAUGGAUCUUGAUCCAGAGACCUCGGAUCAUGCGCACUCGCAAUCAUCUCAGCAGCAGCAGCCUUCCUCUGCCUUCCCUUCCGCCGCGUUCACCUCGCCCUUUUCCGUUUUCGGAGCAGCCGAAACGCCGCUAGUAACCCCAACCGGACCGUCUGUAGCCGGGUUGGAUCCCGCAUCGAUGGAUGCGAAGAAGCCUGCGAAGGUUGCAACGCAUGAGCCGCCGCUGUUUCGCUUCGGUACGGGGGGAACCGUGGCGCAGGCGCAAGCGCAGGGAUCGAGGCCGUCCGGGGACUCGGCCGGCGCGCCGUCACGGGGCACGCAUAGUCGGAGGGUUGCGCGAGGGGGAUGGAACCGGGGGAGAGGGAAGGGUGCGAGCCCCGAACCCAUGCUCACAGAUUCCACCGAACCCGCCCGUGACGUGCCUGGUGGUCAGAGUGACGCCGUGGGUGGCGCCGUAAGUGACCGCGUGGGUGGCGGCGGGGGUGACGGCAUGGCUGGUGUGGCUACGAACGGAUGGACGUGGCUGAAACCUAGCAAGGUCGCCGGCGGGUCCGCUUUUGAGGUGAAUCCAGCAGCAGGGUUCUCUUUCGGCAAUGGCGUUUCCGCACCUCGUCCGCCAUCCCCAACGGCGGGAACUGCUGCUGGUGAUUUGCCUGACGAUGGCCAUUCAGCCAGCGGCUCACCUGCCGCGGGUAGCAGCGCGAUGCCCUUUCCAUCGUUCAAUAUCUUCGGAUACCCUCGCCCUCACACAUCCGCUGCUUCCCCCUUGCCCGCGCCUGCUCCGCUCUUUGGGACCGCCUUCCCCGUGAUCUCUGCCUCCUCCGCCUUCCCCUCGUCCGCCUCACAACCACCGUCCGUGCUUCCGCCUCCAUUCGCCUCGUCCCUGUUUCACACCUCCCAAACCCCGCCGCUUUUCUCCUCGUCAGCGCCCUUUGCGGCGGGGCCUCCUGGGACCAUACCGCUCUUUUCCUCCUCCUCCUCCUCCGCCUCCUCCUCCGCCGCCGUCGACGCUGCGCCAGUGUUCCAAACGUCAGCUGCAGCCCCGUUCGCGGCAGCAGGCGCGGUGAGGCCGCGCAUGGCAUCGGAGGGCGCGCGCGCGGGCGGGAAGAAGGUCAAGUCGCGCAGCUCGCGGGUGGCAGGCAAGGCGGGGACUGCACAGUUUGCAGGGGCUGCAGCUGCUACUGAGGUGGGUGGUGGGCAGGAUGCGGAUGAGAUGGUACGCGAUAAUGGUGGUGUUGGAAGGGAUUCGAGCAGCGGAGCAGAUGCGGGCGAUGGUGCAGCAAUGGCGGGUUCUGGGAUACGAGCAAUGGCUGCAGAGGGCGAUGUCCACGUGCAGGACAGCGCCGCACCUGAACCUCCUCCUGCUGCCGCCGCGGCUGCUGCUCCUGCGGCUGCUGCUGCUGCAGCGGCUGCUGCGGCGGGGGCUGCUCCUGUUGCGACUGCUGUCCCGCCCGUCUCCGCGUCUACAGCAGCUCCGGCCAAGCACGAGCGCAGUGACGCCGCGAGCAGUGGGGGCGCGCAGCCCUCCCCUGGCUUCGUCUUCGGCGCCCCCCCCGUCCCCUCCGCGCCCGCGCCCACCAUGCACUUCGACCCGCUUCCCCGCGCCAACCCCGCGCUCGCAGGUACAAGCGGAGUACCUGCCGCGCGCCUUGCCCCGCUGCCUGAGGUGGUGUUUGGAGCAGUGGCAGAGGGACACGUGGCAGCACAGGAGGCCCGCGCAGGCAGUGGGGCGGGUGGGGUCCGCGUGCGGAUUGGGGAGGGGCAGAUGCGCGCAGAGGAGGUCCGUGGUGGUGCGGAUACAGCAGCGGAUGGGGAGGAAGGCGAGAAAGGGGAGCAAGAGGAGCAAGGGGAGAAAGCGCAGCAGGGGGAGGCGAGGCACGCAGAGGGCGUUGCUAGGUCGCGAGAAGAUGAGCAAGAGUCGGAGGGGCGGGCAGGGGAGAACGGUGAGAAGCGCCCUGCUGAAAAGGAGGCUGGUGCGGCGAGCGGCACCGAGGGAGCAGAGGAGAGGCGGGUUAGGGAGGAGCGGAGGGAAGCGGUGGGUGGAGAGGCGAGUGUGCGGGCGAUAGGGGAGAGGAUGGCAGGGGUGGAGAUCGGUGACAGUGGGUUGGCGGCUGCAGUGGCGAGCGUGCAAGCAGAGAUGGCGAAGAUGGCAGUGAGAGGGGUGCUGCCUCACGCCCCCGAGAAAGACGUGUUCCCUCCUCCUCCUCCUGCUUCUGCUUCUGCUUCUGUUUCUGCCCCUGCAGCUACUCCUACAGCAAGUGGCAUGAGUACAACGACUACCGUUGGCAGUGGUGCUGAUGGUGGUGGCACGGGAGUGCGCACAGGGCUGAGAGUGGAGACGGCAGGAGGGGCGGGUGAGGGGAAUGAGGGUGAAUCGAGAGUGAGGCAGGUGGAGAGUGUGGUGAGCCGGUUGCAAGAGCUGAGAGUGGGUGCUUGUGGUGAGCAGGGCGGUGGCAGGGGAGAGGAGGGUGGUGGUGAGGGAAGGGAGCAGCAUGAACAGCGGCGGAAGGAGCAUGAGCAGCAGCAGCAGGAGCUGGUAGACGAGCAACUGGCGAGGUUGAAACUGUCAGUUGAAGCUGCUGUGGGUGGUGGUGAUGGUGCAGACGAGACGGGGAGUGCGAGGGGGCAGGAAGGAAGCGGAGGAAGCAACGCAGCAGCAGCAAGCAGGGAGGGAGCCGCAGCAAGCAGGGAGGGAGCCGCAGCAGCGGCAGCAGCAGCUGUCGCAGCAGCAGCAGCGGCUGCUGCCGCCGCGGCAGCAGCAGAGGAAGAUGCAGAAGCAGCAGCAGCAGUACCGGAUCUCCUAGCUAACCUCAAUCUCAGCUCACUCCCGCUCAACUUACCAACCGGCCCAGGGUCCGACGAGAAACUCAAGCUGUACAUGGAUGGGCUAGCGUCUGGUCUCAGACUCGGGUUGCGCCUGGGGAGGGAGUCCUCUGUUGGCCCAGGCCCCACUGCUGUUGUUCCCCCAGGGCCCUUCACUCCCCCAGGAGCCGCUACUGUGUCCCCAGGGCUUUCUCCUCAAGGGCUCAGCACUGCCUCACCACCUCCACAGCCGUCUCAACAGGCUUCUGCGGCAAGGCAAGGAUGGCAAACGGCCCCCCUUGAUGCAUCUUCGCCACCUGCUUUCGGUGGGUUUGCUGCUGCCACACCGCCGCUCAACACCACCCCUGCCUUUGUCUUUUCAACCCCUAACCCCAACUCCCACAUCCGUUUUUCUGGCCAGUCGUCGCCGUCGUUCCACACCCCACCAACGUCUUUUGACUCAUCCCCUGCACCAGUCCCCUCCCCGCCUUCCUCAUCCACACCACUCUUCUCCACGCCCUCCGCCCCCCUGCUCGGCUCAACAUCUGCAGCAGCAGCACCUGCUGCUGUUGAUGCUUCUACAGCUGGGUCGGCAGCUCCCGUGUUCUCGUUUGGGGUUGUAACCGCACCUGGUACUGAGGCUCCUCCGUUCGUGUUUGGGAAAGGGACGAGGGUGGGCGCAGAGGGAAGUGGUCACAGGGGGCGAAGCAGGGCUAGUGUUGACAGAGCCAAGGGGAAGCCCUCGGGGGACCAGACUCCUCCUCCUGCUGCUGCCGCUGCUGCUGCUGCUGCACCACCUGCUAGGGAUUCAGCCCCUGCUGGUGCGACUGCUUCGGCGCCUGCUGCUGCUGCUGCUGCAGCAACCCUGUCAUCAUCGUCAACAGCUGCAGCAACAGCGGCAGAAGCUGCCUCCCCCGCCGCCACAGCAGCACCCGUUUUCCAGUUCGGGUCCACCCCUGGAGCACCAUCUGCACCUUUCACCUUCUCCUUCACGUCCCCUCUCGCGCGCUCCUCGUCUCCGUCCACUCCCUCCACGCCCGUUUUCACCACCCCGCCAUCAGUAACGCCGCCCGCAACAGGCAGAAGAGGGGGAAGCCACCAGAGAAGCUCUGUGGGAAGUGGUGCUGCAGGGAAUGGUGCUGCAGGACAUGGUGCGACUGGUAGUAGCCCCAGCCCCAUGGAUUGCUCUCCUGGCGAGGGGGACAUCCCUCCUCGCGCCACAGGCGAAGGGGUGUCAGGUUAUGGUGCAGGUAGUGGGAGCAGUGGGAGGAGGGAGAGCGGUGGAGAGGCUGCCAAGGGACCUGAGGUGGAUGGUGUUGGAGCGAAGCUGGAGCAGAUGGGAAUACGGGAGGAGAGGGCGAGGCAGGGGGGUGGAGAUGGGCAAGGCGUGCAGCACGGGGAGCAAGAGCAAGAGCAGCAGCAGGAGCAGGCGAGGGGGUUGUUUGAGGAUGUGGGGUUGUUUGGAGCGACGGGAGCAGCGGCAGCGCAGGCGAGAGCAGCAGAGGUUCGAUUGGAGGACCUGGCCGGGUUCAGAUUCGUAGCAGGGGCUGCUUCCCCAGGCGCUAGAGGCGCAGCAGGGGCUGCUUCCCCAGGCGCUAGAGGCGCAGCAGGUGCUGCUGGUAGCGCGAGGCACAGCCGCCACACGCCGCACCGCAUGGCACAGGGGAGCAGGAGGGGGAAGGUGUCUUUGAGGGAUAGAGGUGCUGGUGCGGCGGGUGCUGCUACCGGUGGGGGUGGGAACUCUUCGCAUGCAGCUUCGGGUGAUGGGCCUUCCUCCGCUGCUGCUACUGUUAAUGUGAAAGCCACGGGUGACACUGCAAGGUUUAACCGCUCUGCUGCUGCUGCUGCUUAUGAAGGGGCGAGUGGUGUGCGGAAGGAGGCUGGGGCAGGAGUGGCAGGAAAGGGAGAAGAGCCUGGAAGGGCAGCAAGGAGAAGCAUGGAGGGAGCAGCCAAGGACGCGGAGCAGUCGUGCGAGAAAUGGCGGCUCAAGGGCAACCAGGUGUAUGGCAAGGGCGAGUAUGCAAGAGCAGAGGAUUUCUAUUCGCGUGGGCUCAGCACAGCAGCGGCCUUCAGAGCGUUCCCAGAUUGCAUGCAUGCUGCCAUGCUGUGCCACAGCAACCGCGCCGCCACUCGCAAGCACCUGGGGCGCGUGCGGGAGGCUCUGCGCGACUGCCGUGCUGCGCUUGCCAUUGACGGGUCGUUCUCGCGCGUGCUGUUGCGCAUGGCCAGCUGCCACCUGGCGCUCGGUGAUCUGCGAGAGGCACGGCAGGUGUAUCUGUCUCUAAAGAAGCAGCCCUUGGGAUUGCCGCAGGGUGGGGCAGGCGGAGAUCCCAAGGUGGCGCGCGAGGCAGAGCAAGGGCUAUUGCAGGUGGAGCAGGUGGAAGGGAGCAUGGGGAAGGCUCUUGCCCUGCUGCGAGUGCCUUCACAUGUCUGGCCUGCAGCUGUUGCUGCUGCAGGUGGUGUUGGCGGGUCAGGGGCAGCGGCAGAAGGGGGCGCGGGGGGGAUUUUGCGGUCAGCGUCAGCAGGGGCGGUGGGGGGGGUGGGAGCAGGCGGGGGAGCAGCAGGAGCAGGAGGGGCGGCGGCAGCAGGAGCGGCUUCGGGGGUGGUGAUGGGGAAGGAAGCGGAGGAGGCGUAUGGGCUGCUGGAGAGGGUUGGGGAGGUGUGUCCGUACUGGGAAGUGCUGCUGUGCUCCAAGGCACGCGCUCUGCUGCUCGUGAGUGCCAGUGGGGGGAACGUGAGAGGUGGGAGGGGAGGGGGGGGGAGGAGCGACACAGUGGGAGGUGGUGUUGGGAAUGUUGGGGCAUUCUGUUGGUUGAGUCGCUAUGAAGACGCGUGCCACCUGUGUGAGAGCACAUUCUCCGCCUCUGAGAGCAACCACGCUGCACCCGCUGCUGCAGCGGGCGCGAGCAGCAGCAAGGGGCACCUGGUGUGGCGGUGGGCAGUGGUGGGGCGGGCGCGGUUUGGACAGGGGCGAUUGGAGGAUGCGAUCGAGCAGCUGGCACGGCUUGACGGCCUGGCCCUGGAUCCUGAGAGCAGUGCUGGGGAUGCUGCUGGGAGUGGAGGAGGCGAGGGUGGCGGUGGUGGAGCAGCAGCAUGGCUGUACGCAGUUGCUGUUCCUGAUACCACUGCGCCGUCUCAGUUCACGCGGUCCAUCCAGGAAAUGCUCCGACUCAAGGCAGCAGGCAACGAGGCAUUUCAGGCGGGCAGGCACGAGGAGGCGGUGGAGCGAUACACAGCCGCCAUUACGCUGCCUGCGCUCGCUGCUUCGCGCCCCUUCUCCGCCGUGUGCUUCUGCAACCGCGCUGCUGCCAGCCAUGCGGCGGGCAACAUUGCAGAUGCCAUUGCGGACUGCAGCAGAGCCAUCGCGCUCGAUCCCUCCUAUGCCAAGGCCAUGUGGCGGCGCGCCACGCUGUGGGAGAGCGCACGGGAGUACGAGCAUGCACUGGCAGACCUUGACCGCCUGCUGCUGCUCGUGCGCGGCAAGGCGUGCGGUGGCAGCGGCGGCAAGAGCGGUGGGAAGAGCGGGGUGGGCAGUGUGGUGGAUGAGCGGCAGGUGAAGGAGCGUAUGGGGCGCGUGCAGAAGGAGGUGCAGCACGAGCAGCAGCCCGACCACUACCUCAUGCUGGGCAUGGACCAUGUAUGCACGGCAGCAGACGUCAAGAAGGCGUACCGCAAGGCAGCCUUAAGGCACCAUCCGGACAAGGCGGCGCAGCUGUUGUUUCCAGGAAGGGGCGAUGCGGAUGGGUGGCUGAGCAGGGAGCUGGGGGAGGAGAUACAGCGCGAUGCGGACCGGCUCUUCAAGGCCAUUGGCCACGCCUACAACGUGCUCUCUGAUGAAACCAAGCUGCGGCAGCUGCCGCAGCGUCUGCUGGAGCAGAUGAGGUAUUCGGGUCAUCAUUUGGAUACGGUGGGCGCGGCAGCAGCAGCCACAAAAGCCGAUGGGGCAAUGAAAGCUCAUGGGAGCGGCGACAGGACUAUUCCGGGGCUAGUACCCGCAGCGGUGCUUCCACCCGUGGAGGGGGCACUGGAGAUAAGGCAAGGCGAAGCAACCAGGAAGCACACUCAAGCACUCGGCCCCAGCAGCAGCAACAGCAAACCCACUGGAGCGAGCGGGCGACAGGUGAACACGCGGCAGCAGACGCAGCGACGCUUGCUAGCGAGGGAGCAGAGAGACGGCGCGCAUGGCGCCGGGGAAGGCGCCGCUCCGAGUGCGAACGGCGCCGCUGCGGCCGGGACGGGUCAACGGCGCGCUGUGGCGCACAAGAGCACGCAGCAGGAGAUGUGGGAGAUCUUCCAGCGGGAGGGCUUGGCGGGCUUGUACCGGGGGCUGGAGCCGUCGCUCGUGGGCACUGCGUGCUCGCAGGGCGUGUACUAUUUCUUCUACCAGCUAUUCCGCAGCCACGUGGAGCAGUUAACAGCGGUGCGCAAGGCGCAGGGCGUGGGCAGCGGGCAGGUCACCAUGAUCACAUCGCUGCUCGUCGCUGCGCUUGCCGGGUCAGUGAACGUGCUACUGACCAACCCCAUCUGGGUCAUCGUCACUCGCAUGCAGACCCAGACACAGGGCCUGCCGCCGCCCAUCUACAUCGCCCGCCGCCCAGUCUCCUCCCAGCCCACCAGUGCGUCGCCGUCCACACAUACUGAUGAUGAUGCUGCAGGGGCUGCGAGUGAUACCCGGGGCAAGGAGGCAGUGGCACAGCGGUCAGAGGGAGUGGGCGGGGCGGGAGGGGUGCUGGUGAAGAGAAACACAGCAGCAGGCGCAGAGAGGGGUGCAGGGGGUGUUGUGUCGGGAUCAGGCUCAGGCACAUGUGAUGCCACAGGCGGGGGUGGCAGUGGCGGUAGUGACUGGGGGGGAGGAGCAAGCGGAGGAGGAGGGGGGGGUGGGGGGAGCGGUAGUGGCGGAGGCAGUGGGAAGGGCGGAGGGGGUGGAGGGAGAUGGGGCGAGGAGGGGAGUGGGGAGGGGCCGUUGCGGGCACCGAGGAGUGGAGGGCAGCAGCUGGUAGGGCGGCCUCAUGGCGUGCUGGAGACGAUAUGGGAGCUAUUUGAAGAAGCGGGCAUUCUUGGAUUCUGGAAGGGAGUCUUUCCAACCCUCCUCAUGGUAACCAACCCGGCCAUCCAGUUCAUGAUCUACGAGACACUGCUGGCGCGCAUCACAGCAGCGCGCCCGGCUGCCAGGGGAGGGGCCAAGUCCGCCACCUCCACAGAGAUCUUUCUGGUGGGGGCACUGGCCAAGAUAGGAGCCACGCUCGCCACAUACCCGAUGCUCGUCGUAAAGUCGCGCCUGCAAGCACGUCACACGGCAGGGCAGCGUUACUCAGGCAUGUGGGAUGCAAUAUUCAAGAUAGUGCGCCACGAGGGCGUGCGGGGGUUCUACCACGGGAUGGGCACCAAGAUGGCUCAGAGUGUGUUUGCCGCCUCCCUGCUCUUCCUCACCAAGGAGGAGAUCGUCAAGGCUGUGCGCGUGGUGCUCGACCGCCGCGCCCGCCUCCUGCUGCACCCCGCUCAGAGGCGCGCCAGGGCCUUGUGA